UACCGGGCGGUGGGCGGUGACCCACCCAGUACUUGGUCUAGUCCCCCACUGCGUGCUGGGGGCACUCGGGGCCUCUGCAUCUUAAGCAGCAUGUGCCUGUGCUGUGCAGAUGACGAAGCCAUCCAAGUCAACCCCGAAGGGCCAAGAUGGCAACAUCCUUCAGACGUCACUGCAAGGCAGUCCAGAGAUAAACGUAUUGAGAAUAUGAAGAACCUAAGGAAGGAGAAGAGGAGAUUUACUAAAAGGUUUGCAAGACCUGCUCCUCUUCCAGAACCAGGACUCCUAUGGACAUAAAGCUGGAGUCUGUGUGGAAGAAAUCAUGCCAGAUGAAAAUGUGCAGAUUAAUAACAUCAAGUGGCAUUUUUAAUUUGAC